UUACAACAACUAAAAACAAAUUACAUUAUUAAAUACAAACAACCUUAAAAACACAAUCUCCAAAUAUAGCACACAAAUUUGCCUGUCCCUCCGAAACAAACGCUAAAACUAGUGGAACAUAGAUUUCACCAUCACCUUUCUCUUCCAAAUUUCCCUCUCCAUCAUAUAAAUAAAACACAACAUAAGCUUCUCUUUCUCUUCUCCCUAAAGUUCCUUCUUCUUCUUCAGCCGCGGCGUAUUACCGCGGCCGUAACGUUUUCUUCAAACCUCAAAAACAAAAACAAAACAAAGAAAUAAAAAAAAUAAUAAAAAGGUUUUUGUUUGAAAGAAGACAAAGUAUGAAAUUUCUUAAGGGAGCAAAGACUUCCUCGUACAAAACAUUGUUCUUAAUAUUCUCAUUGUUGUUUGUGUUGUCUGGUUUUGAUAUCUGUCAUGGACAAGAUGACGAUGCAACACCGCCACCUCCCAUGCCUGAACUCGACAACUGCGAUGGGAUAUUUGUAACGUAUACUUUAACUGGAAGGGAGAAGGAAUAUCCGCACGUGAAAAACAUGUCGAAACAAGCGUGGGCGUUUAAAGCCGAAGCGUCAUUGAUGAAUGUCGGAGAUGAAGAGUUAAAAGAUUGGAAGAUGUAUAUUGGGUUUCAGCACAGGGAGAUUCUUGUUUCGGCGGAGGGAGCUGUUCCGGUUGACUCGGAUGAUUUUCCGGCCGAAGUAGGGAAUGGAACUACAAUUGCUGGAAAUCCUAUGACAGAUUUGAAAACUGCCAUUGAAACAGCUGGUGAUUAUAAUCAAAUGGCUGUUAGGGUUAAAAUGAGUGGAACUCAGUUUGGACUUGGUGCAGGUGCUACUCCUCUGCCUAAAACUAUUAAGCUUAUGAAUGAUGGCUUCAAAUGCCCUCAACCUAGUCGUAAAGGUUCAAGAAUGUUUGUAUGCUGCAAAAAGGACCCAAAAGUUAAAGCUAAACUAAAAAAGAAAACAAAGUUCCUUCCUCGUCGCUAUGGCGAUCUAACCAUCGAGUAUGAUGUUCUUCAAGCCUUUCAAACUAGCUACUACGCGCAAGUAACCAUGGACAACAAUCAUCCAUUAGGUCGUCUCGAUCAUUGGAACUUAACAUGGGAAUGGCAAAAGGGAGAAUUCAUUAACGCUCUAAAAGGCGCGUACGCUCGCAUAAAAGACCCUUCUGAAUGUUUAUACGGUCCAGCCGGAAGAUACUAUGGAGACUUAGAUUUCUCGACAGUAGCAAACUGUCAAAAAAAACCUAUUAUCUCCGAUCUUCCGUCUGAAAGAGCAGAAGAUGAAAAAGUUGGUAAAGUACCUUGGUGUUGUAGGAAUGGUACCGUUUUACCACCUAUUAUGGAUAAGAACAAAGCAAGAUCAACUUUUCAGUUACAAGUUUUCAAAAUGCCGCCUGAUGAUAACAGAACAGCACUUACACCACCAAUCAAAUGGCACAUUGAUGGUGUUAUUAACCCUAAAUACACAUGUGGACCACCAAUUAGGGUUGAUGCAACGGAAUUUCCUGAUCCUAGUGGACUUAAAGCAAUUUCAACAGCUGUUGCUAGUUGGCAGAUAGUUUGCAACAUUACGAAACCGAAGCCAAGAGAAAAUCGUUGUUGCGUCUCGUUCUCGGCUUUCUAUAACGAAUCUGCUAUCCCAUGUAACACAUGUGCUUGCGGUGGUUGUGAUGAUACGAGGAAAUGUAAUCCUAAUGCUUCACCUUUACUUCUUCCACCCGACGCGCUUCUCGUCCCUUUUGAGAAUCGGACGUUAAAGGCGCGCGCUUGGGCGAAACUCAAGCACAUGCGCGUUCCAAGUAAGUUACCUUGUGGAGAUCAUUGUCCUGUUAGUAUUAACUGGCAUGUAAGUUCAGAUCAUAAGGAGGGAUGGACAGCUAGGAUAACGCUUUUCAAUUGGGAGAAUUACGGCUUUGACGAUUGGUUCGCUGCAGUUAAGUUCGAUAGGUCUUUCGAAGGUUUUCAAGAUAUUUAUUCAUUUAACGGGACGAGAAUUCCCGGUCUAAAAACCAUUUUCUUUCAAGGGCUUAAAGGUUUGAAUUACUUAGCAGGAGAAACUAACGGAACUCGUGCUAAGGAUCCAAGGGUGCCAGGUAAACAACAAUCUGUGAUUUCUUUUCAUAAGAAAUACAGUAAAGAAUUCAACGUCGUGCGCGACGCUUUUCCUACUAAGGUGUUCUUCAAUGGAAUGGAAUGUUCACUUCCACCACAUAGACCUGCUAAAGGUUCAGGACAUAAAUCUUCUAUCAGCAUCAUUGCAGUAAUUUUCACAGCAUUUAUGACAUUCUUGCUCACAACAGAUCGCAUUUUCUGAGCUUUUGUCAUUAUCGGUUGGCAACUUUGGUAAAACUGCAUUUCGUGUCUCAUCAUCAAGAUGGUGUGUGUGCCUAUGACAGAUCACAUAAUGAGUGAUGCAUCUUUCAGUGUAAAAGUACAUAACAGUAUAUAUGAUCUGAUACAAGAUUGAGUGGAACUUUAAUAAGUUUAGUACAUAUCUAGUUCAUAUUACAAAUUAGAUGGCCUUUUUGUGUAUUGAUUAUUAGUUUAAGUUGAUAGCAUAAUUUUCUCUUUUUUAACAGUCAUCAAUAUCUUCUCUGAUUUUCUCAUGCGAUUUGAAAUCGAAAUUUUGGACGUGA